AUGUUCUCGUUUACCGUGUACAAGGGCGCCCCCGACGGCGCGCCCGUCCAGAGCACCACGACCAAGCCCAAGGAGCUCACCGGCGACCAAGUCCUCCUCAAGGUCCUGGCGUCUGGCGUCUGCGGCACCGAUCUACACUACCGUAAAAAGGACAUGGUCCUCGGACACGAGGGCGUCGGCGAGGUGCAAGCCGUCGGCCCCGACGUGCGCGCCCUCCGGGUCGGGCAGCGCGUCGGCUGGGGCUACCAGACGGGCGCGUGCGGGCAGUGCAGACCGUGCCUGACGGGCGACGAGACGUACUGCGCGGGGCGGCAGAUGUACGGCUCUGCGUCGCCGGAGCAGGGCAGCUUCGCGACGCACGCCGUGUGGCCCGAGGCGUGGCUGCACGCGCUGCCGCCGGGGCUCUCGGCGGUGGACGCGGCGCCGCUGCAGUGCGGCGGCGCGACCGUCUUCACGGCGCUGCUGGGCGUCCAGCCGACGGACACGGUCGGCGUGCUCGGCGUCGGCGGCCUCGGCCACCUCGCCAUCCAGUUCGCCAGCAAGAUGGGCUGCCGCGUCGUCGUGCUCUCCGGCUCGGACCGCAAGCGCGACGAGGCGCUGCGUCUGGGCGCCGACCGCUUCCUCGCGACGAGCCAGCUGCUGCUGCGCGGCGGCGGCGCCCCCCCGCCAGCAGCGGACGACGCGUGGGAGCUGGACCGCCUGCUGGUCACGACGUCGGCGCUGCCCGACUGGGCCGUCAUCAUGCCCAUGAUGGCCGUGCGCGCGCGCAUCGUGCCGCUGAGCGUCGGCGGCGGGGACCUCGUGGUGCCGUACGCGCCGGUGCUGCUGCGCGGCGUCGUCGUGCAGAGCGCGCUCGUCGCCACCCGCGCCGUGCACCGCGACAUGCUCGCGUUUGCCGCCCGCCACGCCAUCAAGCCCGUCACCGAGACGUUUCCCAUGACGGAGAGCGGCGUGCGCGAGGCCCUGGACCGCCUGCACAGGGGCGAGGUGCACUUCCGGGCGGUGCUGGUGCCCGAGGACGAGCCGGAGACGGGCAGGCACAAGAUGUAG